UCCAUGUUCUUUCCAAAUUUGUCCACUCUCUCUCUCUCCCAAAUCUCUCUGCAAUGGCACCCAUGGCUCUCCCUCCUGGUUUUAGGUUCCAUCCAACGGACGAGGAGCUCGUUGCUUACUAUCUUGAUCGGAAAAUUAGCGGCCGCACGAUUGAGCUUGAAAUUAUCCCAGAAGUUGACCUCUACAAAUGUGAACCAUGGGAUUUACCAGAGAAAUCAUUUUUACCGAGCAAAGAUAUGGAGUGGUAUUUCUACAGUCCAAGGGAUAGAAAGUACCCGAACGGAUCAAGAACCAACCGAGCAACACGAGCCGGUUACUGGAAAGCUACUGGUAAAGACCGGCUGGUUCACUCUCAUAAGCGCCCGGUUGGGAUGAAGAAGACUUUGGUGUAUUAUAGAGGAAGAGCUCCCCAUGGCGCUAGAACGAACUGGGUGAUGCAUGAGUAUCGCCUCACCGACUCCUCCUGUCGGACUGCUGCAUCAUCAACUUUGAAGGAUUCUUAUGCACUAUGUCGCGUUUUCAAGAAAACAAUGCAGAUCAUGCCAAAAACCAAAGAAAAAGAAGAAGAAACGAUUGGAAAUAUUGUAGACAAAGAUUCAGUCUGGGUGUUGGAUGAACAAUUAUUUGAGGAUGAAACUUCCCGAGGAAAAGAAGCCGACGACGAGAAUUUCAUUCAUGACUACUCCUCUAAUAAGUUCCCAUCAGAUACUUCUUCUUCAGAUCUCACUCAAGGCACUCCGGCUGAAACUGGCAUGGCAGAUGAUUUACCAGCUCCAUUUGCCUCCGAUGAAGCAAAUAGUGCUGCUGAUUUUUGUUCUCUUGGUGUCGACUUCCCCUCAAAUCUAUUUCAGGACACAUUGGAGAUACCGAAUUACACAAGACUGGAUUAUCAACUUUGCUACCCACCCUUAGAACUUGAAGAUUUUCCACAGAUAAAUAUAGCAGAAACGAAGCCAUCGAAGCCUGAAAUCAUCGAUGAAUACAUGUCAUAUGACAAGAUCCGGGAUUGUAUGAACGGAACAUUAGAAGAAAUUUUCUCUUUAUGUAAUUCCUCUCAAGAAAACUCCAUGCAAGACAAAGUACACUAACAUAAGUAGAUGACCUUCACAAACAAUAUUGUACUACGUACGUACGUACUACUACAAUUCAUUGACAAGCACAAAGGUAGAACAUUAAUUGUGUUCGGCUAAAAUAACCAAAAAUUGGGGAUUGUUUAGCGAGACGAUGAGCCUAUAUUUCAAGGCAUACGAACCAUUUUUUUUUUUUGGGUUUUCUUUUUAUUUAUUUCAACUUGAGAUUUUUGGAAAGGAAAUGGAUCGAAAAGCUGCUAACUUGUAAUGGUGUUGUUUUAUUUGAAUUUAUGUAUCACUUCUUUGCAUAAAUAUUUU